UUUGACAUUUAGCUGACGUGUUCGGAUUGCUCCAUAAACCCAUAAAUUUCACCAAUUUGCAACGAAACGGAUUAUAAAUUGUUUCGAUGCGUUUUUUGUUAAUUUUUUAGAUUAAUUCUAAGCAAACACCAUUAGCAAUUCAGAAAAAACAAAGUAGUUCCAAAUAACGCAAAAGGUUGUAAUGAGUUUAGUGUCUGCAAUUUGCAGCAAAUAGAGGAACAAAUUCCCAGGGACUUCACCAACAUUAGUUUCGAUAUCGGCGCAAACACAAUCCUAAAAGAUGGCACUGUUGACUUUGAUUGCGCGUGUGAUAGACGGACUUCCACUGGUGGGAACAAUGCAAGAUGACGAACAGUCUGGACGCACCAUACUAGAAUAUCAAAAUCAAGCGAAAAUGUUAUUCAGAAAAUUGGGUUCACAUUCGCCGGCGCGUUGCAGCAUAGAAACUGGACCUUAUUUAUUUCACUAUCUCAUAGAAAAUGAUGUCUGCUAUCUGGUGAUGUGUGAUAAAAUGUACUCCAAACGUUUGGCCUUCAAUUACUUGGAGGACCUAGCGCAAGAAUUUCAUGCCAACUAUGGGCGUCGCGUAAAUUCUGUGACACGUCCUUAUGCAUUUAUCGAAUUCGACGUUUACAUACAAAAAGCCAAAAAGCAAUUGACCGACCGAAGACGAAAUAUAAAUGCAAUCAACACGCAAUUGCAGGAUGUGCAGCGAAUUAUGGUACAAAAUAUCGAUGAUGUACUGCAGCGUGGAACAGUGUUAUCAGAAUUGGACACUAAAACACAAAAUCUCUCGAUGAUGUCCCAGAAAUACAAAAAGGAUGCGACAUAUUUAAAUCGAAAAUCGAUGUAUUUGAAACUUGGCGCGGCCGGUAUUGCUAUAGUAGUAUUUGUUUUAUACUUUUGGGUUUUGUAAUAAUUGUUAAAUGUUUAUUAAAAAGGAAAGUAAUAUGAGAAAAGCUAA